UGACGGGCCGGGGUCACAUGACGGCGGGAGCUGGAGCCGGGGAGCGGGAGCGGAGCGGCCGCCGCUGGGGGUGAUGCCAUGGCCGCUGCCAGCUCCAGCAGGGCCAGGGCCGGGCCGCCCUGUGAGAAGUCCCCGCUGUCCGUGAAAGUUGUGUCUGUGAAGCCCAAGGCCCAGAGCCGCCCGGCACGCAUGAACUGCUACGUGGAGGUGGCCGGUGACGGGCUGCCCAGCGAGACCAAGAAGACGGGGAAGCAGAUGGGGGUCUCAGAGCUGCUGUGGAACGAGAUCCUCACCCUGAAUGUCACGGCUCAGAGCCACUUGGAGCUGAAGGUGUGGAUCUGCCACACGCUGAGGAACGAGCUGCUGGGCGCCGCCUCCGUCAGCCUCGGCAGCCUGCUCAAGGGCGGCGGCAAACUGGAGAACAGGCAGCUGACCCUGGACCUGCAGACGGAGAACAAAGGCAGCGUUGUGUCGGGCGGAGAGCUGACGGUGUUCCUGGACGGGCCGGCUGUUGCUCUGGGCAGCGUUCCCGUUGUUCCCGACGGCAGUGCGGGCUCCGAGGGUGAGCGUGAGGGGUCCCAGGUGCCUGGACGGGACCCCAGCAGCACAGCUGUGGCCACGGAGGGCCGGCACCAACCUCCCAGCACCAACUGCUUUGGCAGCAGACCAAGGACACACCGACAUGCGGCCGGAGCAGCGCGGGGAAACGCGGGCAGCGGAGAGCAAAGUCCCAGUGCCAGGAGCCGGCACCGGCAGCAGGCCAAGAGCUCGCAGCACACCAGCACAGCCAGCAGCAUGGCCAAUGGCAUGGCCACCAGCAUGGCCAACGGCGUGGCCAACGGCGGGGCCACCAGCAUGGCCAACGGCGUGGCCAACGGCACGGCCACCAGCACGGCCAGCGGCACGGCCACCAGCAUGGCCAAUGGCACAGUGAACGGGGACGCCGUGGCUGCCGUGGACAUGGAUGAGGACAGGCCGGCAGCAGGGCCCAGCGUUCCCAGCCCGGCGGCGCCUGGCACGGCCGAGGGCUCCCCUGCUCCUGCCCCGCCUGCCCUCAGCGGCUCCAGGGAGGCAGAGGAGGCGGCCUCGGGCUCCAGCGCCCCCCCGGCCCGGGCAGCCGUGCUCGCCCUGGAUGCUCUGCCCCCCGGGUGGGAGCAGCGGGAGCUGCCGAAUGGGAGAGUCUACUAUGUAGACCACAACAACAAGACCACGACGUGGGAGAGACCCCUUCCUCCAGGGUGGGAGAAGCGCGUGGAUCCUCGGGGCAGGUACUACUACGUGGACCACAACACCCGCACCACCACGUGGCAGCGCCCCACGGCCGAGUACGUCCGCAACUACGAGCAGUGGCAGUCGCAGCGCAACCAGCUGCAAGGGGCCAUGCAGCACUUCAGCCAGAGGUUCCUGUACCAGUCCUCCGGAGCCCCGUCUGACAAUGAUCCUCUGGGGCCCCUUCCUCCCGGCUGGGAGAAGAGACAGGACAAUGGGCGAGUGUAUUACGUGAACCACAACACCCGGACCACGCAGUGGGAAGACCCUCGCACGCAGGGGAUGAUCCAGGAGCCGCCGCUGCCGCCGGGCUGGGAGAUGAAGUACACGAACGAGAGCGUGCGCUACUUCGUGGACCACAACACCCGCACCACCACCUUCAAGGACCCGCGCCCGGGCUUCGAGUCGGGGAGCAAGCACGGCGGCUCCCCGGGCGCCUACGACCGGAGCUUUCGCUGGAAGUACCACCAGUUCCGCUUCCUCUGCCACUCAAACGCGCUGCCCAGCCACGUGAAGAUCAGCGUGUCUCGGCAGACGCUCUUCGAGGACUCCUUCCAGCAGAUCAUGAACAUGAAGCCGUACGACCUGCGGCGCCGGCUGUACAUCAUCAUGCGCGGGGAGGAGGGUCUGGACUACGGUGGCAUCGCCAGGGAGUGGUUCUUCCUCCUGUCCCACGAGGUGCUCAACCCCAUGUACUGCCUCUUUGAAUAUGCAGGCAAGAACAACUACUGCCUGCAGAUCAACCCUGCCUCCUCCAUCAACCCCGACCACCUCACCUACUUCCGCUUCAUCGGCCGCUUCAUCGCCAUGGCUCUGUACCACGGGAAGUUCAUCGAUACCGGCUUCACGCUGCCCUUCUACAAACGGAUGCUGAACAAGCGCCCGACGCUGAAGGACCUGGAGUCCAUCGACCCCGAGUUCUACAACUCCAUCGUGUGGACCAAGGAGAACAGCCUGGAGGAGUGCGGCCUGGAGCUGUACUUCAUCCAGGACAUGGAGAUCCUGGGCAAGGUGACCACCCACGAGCUGAAGGAGGGCGGUGAGAGCAUCCGUGUGACGGAGGAGAACAAGGAGGAGUACAUCAUGCUGCUGACGGACUGGAGGUUCACUCGGGGCGUGGAGGAGCAGACCAAGGCGUUCCUGGACGGCUUCAACGAGGUGGUGCCGCUGGAGUGGCUGCGCUACUUCGACGAGAAGGAGCUGGAGCUGAUGCUGUGCGGGAUGCAGGAGAUCGACAUGAACGACUGGCAGAAAAAUACCAUCUACAGGCACUACACCAAGAACAGCAAACAGAUCCAGUGGUUCUGGCAGGUGGUUAAGGAGAUGGACAACGAGAAGAGGAUCCGGCUGCUGCAGUUCGUGACGGGGACCUGCCGCCUGCCCGUCGGGGGCUUUGCUGAGCUCAUCGGCAGCAACGGGCCCCAGAAAUUCUGCAUCGAUAAAGUUGGCAAAGAGACGUGGCUGCCACGGAGUCACACGUGCUUCAACCGCCUGGAUCUCCCUCCCUACAAGAGCUAUGAACAGCUGAAGGAGAAGCUGCUUUACGCCAUCGAGGAGACAGAAGGCUUUGGACAGGAGUGAUGGAGCAGUGGGGCGUUCCCGGAGCGCUGCCGGCCGGUGCCCAGGGCCCAGCCCUGCCCGGGGUGUGCUCCCUGUGGACACUGUGGCUUCUGCUCCUGGGCGAGCUCUGCACUGACACGGCCCCGGGGGAACGGGGCUGUGUUUCCCUCCCUAAGGAAAUCCGAGCUGUGAUGGAGAGGAGGACACGAGGGCUUGGCUUGCACGGGCUGGCGCAGAGGGGCUGGGGGGCAGCACGGGGGGCACCGGGGCUCCCCAGCCCUCUCCACAGACACAGUUACGUGUUUGGUGGAUGCUCUUCUUCCCCCUCGUGUUUUCUGCCUUUUCAUGGCAUUUUAGUAGUGGCAGGUGAGGGGGAAAUGACACUCAGAUUGACUUCUGGGCCCCAUCCUGCAGCCAGCAUUCAGCAACAGUGACAGGGACCCCCAAGACGAUGCUUCUGAGGGGCUCUUGUGCUCCAUCUGAGCACCAGGACAGCCCCUUGCUAGGCCAGAUCCGCAGCCACUGGAGCCAGAG